ACAAAUAGUGGGGAAGCUUUGCUGGUUCCAGCCUUCAAAAUAAAAGCUCAAAGUGGUAGUACAACAUUCUAUUUUACACUUGUUAGAACUAGUUAAAAUUGUGUUAUGCAGAUUAUGAUGAUUGUUACUAAAAACAGGAAGUGAAUUUUUCAUAAAGCUGCACUGACACAUCUUUCUAAACUUUUAAUUUGAUGAAUAUUUAUAUAUCUCUAUAAAUCCCUUGUCCUUGUUUGAGUAUAAUCUCUAGUGAGUUUGUCAGCCUGAUGUCAUUCGUGUGUUUCUGUGGAAUCAUCUGCUUCAGCUGCAGAGGACCCAUGUUCCUGUUGUGUUGUUGUCUUCAGUGUUUAUAACAGUGAGACAACACACUGGAUGACAGCAGCUCUUAUUUUCCAAGGACGGACAUCAGAUGACUUCCUGUUAUGUCUGACUGUCUGCAUGGUCAUGAAACAGCACCCCCCACAGACAGUCUGACUCUGAGCAGACGGACACACAGAGACCCAAAAAGACACACACACACAGAGACAGACACACACACUCACCACCACAGGCAGUGGAUCACAGCCGAGCAGAGAGAGCUGCGUGCUGGUGACCAUGUCGGUGCUUGACUCCGCCCCCAGCAGUGACCCCUCCCUCACGAUCGUUCACAGCCUCAUGUGUCACCGACAGGGCGGAGAGAACGAGGGCUUCGCUCAGCGGGCGAUCGAGAGCUUGGUGAAGAAGCUGAAGGAGAAAAAAGACGAGUUGGACUCGCUGGUCGCCGCGGUGACCAGCAGCGGGCUCCACCCCAGCAGGUGCGUGACCAUCCAGAGGACGCUGGACGGACGCCUGCAGGUAGCAGGUAGAAAGGGUUUCCCUCAUGUGAUCUACACUCGUCUGUGGCGUUGGCCUGACCUCCAUAAGAACGAACUGAGACACGUGCAGUUGUGUCAGUUUGCGUUCGACCUGAAGUGCGACAGCGUGUGUGUGAACCCGUAUCACUACGAGAGGGUGCCCCCCCCCGCCAGUGCAGGUGGACACUCACCUGUCUCACGUCAAUCACAUGGUCCUCAGACUCUGAUAAAGGAGGAGUUCAUUCAGGACUGUCUAAAGAUCGACCUGCCCCCCCACCCUGACCCCUACAACCAGCCCCGCCCUGUCAACGUGUAUCCCAGCAUGCCUCUGUCUCCUCCAGGCCGCAGCCCCCUGUGUGGUAGAAGAGGCUUGUGUGGGGGGGGUGGGGAUGUGGAUGUGGGUGGUGAGGGCCCAGGUGGCCUACAGACCGCCCUGCCUCAGAGCCAGGGGGGGCAGGCCUCGCCACCAAAAUGGAAUCUUCCCGUCACCCCACAGCCUCCUCACCUGUCCACCCCAACCACACUACACCAGCAGAGCCCAGAGUACAGCAACCCCUCCCAAACUGCCACCUGGACAGGGAAUGACCUCGCCCGCUACAGGGAUGUAGGACCUCUACAGAGAGGGCGGAGCCACCAGCAGCCUCGAUUACAUCAUCCUCACAACCCCCCCAAUACUCACUUCUGGUCUCAGCAUCACAGCACCACUCCGUAUCCACAACCUGUGUCCAACCACCCAGGUCCAGAGUUCUGGUGUUCAAUCUCCUACUUUGAGUUGGACAUCCAGGUUGGGGAGAUGUUUAAGGUCCAGUCCAGCUGUCCCCUGGUGACCGUGGACGGAUACGUGGAUCCUUCAGGAGGAGAUCGUUUCUGUCUGGGACAGCUGAGCAACGUCCAUCGCACUGCCACCAGCCACCGUGCUAGGCUUCACAUCGGUCGAGGAGUUCAGCUGGAGUGUCGGGGGGAGGGAGACGUCUGGAUGCAUUGCCUUAGCGACCACUCUGUGUUCAUUCAGAGCUACUACCUGGACCUCGAGGCCGGCCGAGCACCAGGAGAUGGAGUUCGUAAGAUCUGCCCGGGAGCUUGUAUUAAGGUGUUCGACUUGCGGCAGUGCCACAGACAGAUGCAGCGGCAGGCAGCAGCAGCUCAGGCCAAUAUGGUUGUUGGUUCGAUUCCUGGCCCGAUCAGUGUAGGAGGAGUUGCCCCUGCUACAGGUGUGUGCUCACUGGCAGGUCUGGGUGUGGACGACCUGCGUAGGUUGUGUAUCGUCCGUCUGAGCUUCGUUAAGGGUUGGGGCUGUGACUACCCGCGACAGAGCAUCAAAGACACCCCCUGCUGGCUGGAGGUUCACCUGCACCGGGCGCUGCAGCUUCUCGACCAGGUGCUGCAUAUGUUGCCGCCUCAAGAGCAUUCACUCUGACACACCGCAACAGGUGUGUGUGUGUCUGAGAGUGUGGGUGUUUGUGUGAUGUUUCUAUGAGCCCUGCCCACCUCAUAAUCCUACACACUGGUGCAGGGGCGGCUCCUGGUCCAGGCGACAUGGACGGUUGCCUUGGGGGCAAAAUGCCAAGAGGAUGGCCCAAGAGGCUGAUUGAUCAUGACGUGAUAUAUGUGAACCAAUGCAGUACCGUCACACCAUCGUCCUCUCACCCCGGGGACACACCAGAGGCAGAAGCGCCUCCUUUCUGCGCCCAUGUUAAUCAAUUAGGCGUUUCACACUGGCAGUGAAGCGCCGCCUCGUGACCUGCAGCGAUGGUGUCGGGGUCCGUUCUAUUUUUUUCUGCUAGCCGCGGUCGUAUCGGGCCAGUAAGCAAAAUAAAAAUCUAUAAUUAAACGA